AUGGCAACCAACCCCCCCAACCCCCUCCCCUUCUCCGAACCCCCCUACCUGCGCGGUCUCCCCUCGCCGUACUACACCGACUCGCACCGCCGCUUCCAGCGCGCCUGCCGGGCGUUCGUCUGGGAGAACCUGCACGCGCACGCCCUCGAGUACGAGCGCGCAGGCCAUGUCCCCGAGCACGUCUUUGCGACGUUUGCGGCGCAUAACAUGCUCAUUCCGAAUCUGCCGCCGCCGCUGCCGGUGCGGUGGUUGAAGAGGCUGGGCAUUCAUGACAUUCUAGGUGUGAAGGUCGACGAGUGGGAUUAUUUGCAUACGGGGAUUUAUUGCGAUGAGAUGUCCCGCUCCGGCCUCAGCGGCCCUGCCAUGUCCAUGACGGCCGGCCAUGCCUUUGGUAUCCCGCCCAUUAUCAAGUUCGGCAGUCAGGAGCUGCAGGAGCGCUUUCUUCCUGACCUCCUGACCUGUCGUAAGCGUAUCUGUCUGGCCAUCACGGAGCCGGAGGCUGGCAGCGACGUGGCCAAUAUCACGACGACGGCGGUCAAGACGGAGGACGGGAAGUACUACGUUGUCAACGGGACGAAGAAGUGGAUCACAAACGGCAUCUGGUCCGACUACGCCACCAUGGCCGUCCGCACCGGCGGCCCCGGCCCAGCCGGUCUCUCGCUGCUAGUCGUGCCUCUCAAAGGCCAUCCCGGCGUGACGAUGCGCCCUAUCCCCGUCUCGGGACAGACCUGCGGCGGCACGACAUUCAUCUCGCUGGAGGACGUCCGCGUGCCAGUCGAGAACCUGAUCGGCCGCGAGGGCCACGGGAUGCGGUACAUCAUGACGAAUUUCAACCACGAGCGGCUGACGAUCGCGGUGGGCGUGACGCGGCAGGCGCGCGUCGCCCUGUCGACGGCCUUCGAGUACUGUCUGCGCAGAGAAGCGUUUGGGCAGCCGCUCAUCCAGCAGCCCGUCGUGCGGCACCGGCUGGCCAAAGCCGGCGCGGAGCUCGAGGCCCUCUCCGCCUGGAUCGAGCAGUUCCUGUACCAGCUCAGCCGGAUGCCGAAAGACGACGCCGACCGCGAGCUGGGCGGUUUGACGGCCCUGGCCAAGGCCAAGGCGGGGAUGGUGCUGAGCGAGUGCGCGCAGUGUGCCGUGCUGCUGUUUGGCGGGAAUGGGUAUACGCGGGGUGGACAGGGGGAGAUAGCAGAGAAAAUCUACCGCGAAGUCCCUGGGGCCCGUAUCCCGGGAGGAUCGGAGGACGUCCUGCUCGACCUGGCGGUGCGGCAGCUGGUAAAGAAGUACCAGGCCGAGACGAAGAAGUUGGAAGCGAAGGCGAAGAUUUGA